UUUCAUUCGCAGAUCUUCCGUUAUACAUGUUCUACGCUUAGUUUCUACAUCUGUUUAAAUAAAAGAAAAUAUUAUAUAAGUGUUUCAGUGCAAGUGUUCUAAAUACUUACUAAGUAUUUUUGAAAUAUACGUGACUUGAAGUUCUUUUAACAAAAGAAUCAAAACAAACAUUUCAACCAAUAGUAGUGCCUAAAUCGAUCAUAGAGUGAGAUAGAAAACAGGUCUGAUUGGUUGAAAUUGGUGGCACUGUGGCGCCGCUCCGACCUUAUAAAUAACCGUGCGAGCGCGCGCUGAUUCUCUUUUCCACAGUGUUAAUUCAGGGGGAUUUUAAUCGGGUUAUUUUUGUGAGCUAACUCUAAAUUCAGAAUGCCGGAGACUUCAAAAAUGAAUGGAUAUGCAAAAACAAAUGGACACAGCUUUGAUAUGGAAGAUGGAUCAGUGUUUUUGUUCACAUCAGAGUCUGUCGGCGAGGGACAUCCAGACAAAAUGUGCGAUCAAAUUAGUGAUGCUAUCUUAGACGCACAUUUGAGGCAAGAUCCUGAUGCGAAGGUGGCUUGCGAAACUGUCACAAAAACAGGCAUGGUCCUGUUGUGCGGAGAAAUCACAUCAAAGGCAAAUGUUGACUAUCAAAAAGUUGUCAGAGAUACUGUGAAGCAUAUUGGUUAUGAUGACUCUUCAAAAGGUUUUGAUUGGCGAACACUGAACUUAUUAGUGGCAAUUGAACAGCAAAGUCCAAACAUAGCUAAUGGUGUGCACACUGAUCGAGCAGAAAUGGAUAUAGGGGCUGGCGACCAGGGAUUAAUGUUUGGAUAUGCAACAGAUGAAACAGAAGAAUGCAUGCCCCUCACAGUGGUCCUUGCCCAUAGGCUCAACCAGAAAAUAGCUGAGCUCCGGCGAAAUGGCGAAUUUUGGUGGGCUCGUCCUGACUCCAAAACUCAGGUCACUUGCGAAUAUACGUUUGCGGGAGGCGCCACAGUACCUCAGCGUGUCCACACUGUUGUUGUCUCCCUCCAGCAUUCGGAAAAGAUAACGUUGGAGACAUUACGUGACGAAAUCAAAGAGAAAGUCAUUAAGGAAGUGAUACCCGCUCAGUAUCUCGACGAGAAGACCGUCGUACACAUCAACCCUUGCGGACUCUUCAUUAUUGGCGGACCACAGUCCGACGCGGGUCUGACGGGCCGCAAGAUAAUCGUGGACACGUACGGCGGGUGGGGCGCGCACGGCGGCGGCGCCUUCUCCGGCAAGGACUUCACCAAGGUGGACCGCUCGGCCGCGUACGCCGCGAGAUGGGUCGCCAAGUCGCUGGUGCGCGCGGGGCUCUGUCGCCGCUGCAUGGUGCAGGUGGCAUACGCAAUCGGCGUGGCGGAGCCGCUCUCUAUCACAGUGUUCGACUAUGGCACGUCUCACAAAACACAACAGGAGUUACUCGCCAUCGUGCGCAAAAACUUCGACCUGCGACCGGGCAAAAUUGUCAAAGAGCUGAACCUGCGCGCGCCGAUCUACCAGCGCACGAGCACGUACGGCCACUUCGGCCGCGACGGCUUCCCCUGGGAGUGCCCCAAGCCGCUGCUCAGUGAGUGCGAGUGACUGUCUGCGCUCUCUAGGGCUGCGCUACGUGUAGAUAUUAACAGACGUUCACUUUAAAACCACCGUUUCAUGUUAUAUUUUUUACGAAAACUCAGCAUAUUCUGCGUGCCAUACUGGAGACAUAUUUUUUCAUUUUGUGUUCACGAAAUACACGUUCCGUUCGGGAAUGCGACUUGCCAAUCAUUGUGCUAAUUUUCAAUUGUUGUUCCGGUAAUCGGUGGAAUAUUUUCCUGUGUCGCAGCUGCCCGAUUCGUUGACUACGAUUGUGUAAUUAUUAGAAAUGUUUUGAAACUACAGAAAAUAUUCUGACGCGAUAUAGCAAGAGUAUCGUCUGUUAAUAACUUGACAUGUCGUAAGAAACUCGCCGUUGUAACCGACGCGAUGUUUUCCGUUACAUCGACGGGUCUCGAUGUAAUAAAUAAGUAUUCAUUAGUUCGAUACAUAGGAAUAAAGCGGUGCCGUCAUUUCUGAAUUUGAGUUAGUUCGGGGGAUGAAAUGGCAGUUCUAUUGUUUAAGUUUUAAUUGUGAUUUUUAUUACACUGCCUUUUAUUUCGAAACGAAGGUACGUUACAUAUAAUGAACUGCCCCAGUGCUUAAAUAUUUUUUUUAUAUAUAUUGUUUGCAAAUAUUUACACUCCAAUAAUGAACUGCUUUCUUUCUCGAAUGUUCUUUGAGCUUGAUGUAAGUGCUAUAAUUACUUAUGAGUAGAGUAGACUACUUCCCUGGACGUGUCACAGUGGAGCGAGUACCAGAAGGAUAUCUCACGAUAUUCCUCUCUUCUCUCGCUCACUGCAAACAUUGUGCUGCGAGUGAACACUGUGAGAUUCCCUUUUGUGUUGUAGUUUGUGUACUGUGGUGACAGUUCACCAGGCAGCAUAGUUUGUGUUGUGUUUCUGAAAAGGAGCCAGUGGAAAAGAGCCAUUUUGAAAACACACCGACCCUCCCAGGGCAGUAGUGUCUGCAUUUACUCCAUCAAUAGGUGUAAUUAGAUGCAAUGCUAACCGUACGUUUUAUGACAUUAGGCGUUACUGUAGAAUUUUAACUUUAAAUAUUCGUAGGACGGUUAGUAAGUAAUUGUGACUAUAAUUUUUUGAUCUGUUUCGACUAAGACCUGUUAAAAGUUUCUAAUUAACUUCUGUGGAUUAUCGACUUAUCGGAUGUGUAAUUUCAGACUAAUAAAUAAAUUAUGAUCACCCGGGACACCAUCGGGAAUAAA